CUGAUGACUGCCUGCCUGGCUGUGCUCUCCGCUCCGGACAUAGUGCUGUAAAAAUGCUGCUCUCUGUGCCGCCAAGGACAGGAUUCAACCCAUACAACGGCUAUACCAGCAGACUUAGUAAAAAGCCGACGUAUGUGUCCUCCAGCCACCAGAUGGCUCCACCCAGCCCCAACCACACCACCACCAGCAGCAGCAGUAGCGGCAGCCUCAGUGGAGAGCAGCUGAGCAAAACUAACCUCUACAUCCGCGGCCUCCAUCCGGGAACCACAGAUCAGGACCUGGCCAAACUGUGUCAGCCGUAUGGGAAAAUUGUGUCCACAAAAGCCAUCCUGGACAAGACCACUAACACAUGCAAAGGCUAUGGCUUUGUAGACUUUGACAGUCCGUCAGCGGCACAGAAAGCAGUGACAGCACUGAAGGCUGGUGGAGUCCAGGCUCAGAUGGCUAAGCAACAGGAGCAGGACCCCACUAACCUGUACAUCUCCAACCUGCCUGUGUCUUUGGAUGAGCAGGAGUUGGAGAAUAUGCUGAAGCCCUUCAGUCAGGUCAUCUCUACACGCAUCCUUAGAGAUGCCAAUGGCACCAGCAGAGGAGUGGGCUUUGCCAGGAUGGAGUCAACAGAGAAAUGUGAGACUAUCAUUCAACAUUUCAACGGCAAAUAUAUCAAGACUCCACCUGGAGUUCCAGUGCCCUCGGAACCCCUGUUAUGUAAGUUUGCAGACGGAGGACAGAAGAAGAGACAGAGCCAGGGAAAGUACCUGCAGCAUGGCCGUCCCUGGACAAGAGAUGGAGAAACGGGAGGAAUGACACUGACCUAUGACCCCACCACAGCCUUACAGAAUGGGUUCUACUCAGCUCCCUACAGUAUGGCCCCCAACAGAAUGAUCGCUCAGACCUCCCUCCCCCCCUACAUGCACUCUCCUGUUAAUACCUACCAGAUCCACAGUCCACAGUCCUGGAUGCAUCAUCAGUCAUACCUCAUGCAGACCUCAGGCCAACUCCUGACACAGGGCAUGGACCACACCAUGUCCAUCCAGCCCACCUCUAUGAUGGGGCCUCCCACACAGCAGCUCAGCCACCUCUCUAUGGGCAGCAGUGGCACGUAUAUGCCGGCAAACACAUCAAUGCAAGGGACCUACAUCCCUCAGUACACCCAAGUGCCUCAAAGCAACGUUUCAGUCGAGGUUGCCCUGGAGACCCCCACAGAACACGCAGACUACUCCUACCAGCACAGCAAGUGAAGAGGAGACACUGGUGGGUUUACUAGAGUCUGUCUCCUGGGCAACCUGCCGCCCAUACAGCUCAGCUCAUAGUGACUCUGGGCAGUGCACACCAGACAGAUGGAGGAAUACGGACCAGACUGUCACACUAAAGACAAAAGGAUAUUUUCAAAUCAGAGUUGGGACACGUGGAACAUCUAUUUUGAUAACAGAACAUGACUCUUUUGUCGAAGAAAGAGAAAAACACACCACACACAUUAUUUUCUGUGCACGUAUUAACAAAUUAUUUUUCACACUAUUCUGGGGAGAAUGAAAAGCAGCAAUAUAAGUUACACCACCAUGUGUCAUUUUAGAGUCGUCCUUUAGUUUUAGUUGGACAUUUUUUAUAUGCAGAUUUUUUUUGGUCAUGUUAUUUUUAAGCUUUUCAUCAGUUUGUUUUUGUUGCACAGAUUCAACAAGUAAAUGAUCAAUGAUUUGUUUCUUAAUUUCACAAUGCCAUUGUUGUUUUUGUUCACUUCACGCUGCUUGUUUUAAUUGUGUAAUUGUUUGAAGAGAGAAGGCUGAACAAACUGCUCAAGUUACUUAGAUGUGUGUCAUCUGGUGGUAUCACCUGUUUUCUCUCUAAAGGGACAAGAAUUGCAGGAGAAUGAAACAUUAUUGGAAGUGGUCUUACUGUUUUUAGCACUUGGGUCCCUAGUUCAAAUUGUCACAAUUUAAAUAGAUAUUUAGAUAGAACGCUUAAGACAAUCAAAUAUAUUGAAAUUAUUAUUUCCAGAUUCUGGCUAAUUAUAAUAAAAUUAUACAGGGAAAAUGAAAAAUAUGCGCACAAUAAAAUUUGACAGAGUAAUUUAGUUGUUAUAUUUUGUGAAUGUAUUGCUCCAAUGCUACCCAACAACAUAAGUCUUUCAAUUUGGUUUUAGUGGGUUAAGCUGCUACCAUUUAAACAGACCCAACGUUGUUCUUAGGAGUUCAUAUCACUGAGUGUUGAGCUAGUAGUUGAAGAAGUAAAUUAGAGAUCCAAAAAGUAUGGCCAGUACUGAGAUACGUUGCCGUGCCUUUUUGAUUCCAGCUUUCUCUCCGUCUGUUGAUUCCUCUGUUUUUGUUUGUUUGUUUUGAUUAUGAGUGAAAAUUUUGUUUAUUUAAAGAAAGUUUUCUUGAUUUAAAAAAAAAAAAAAUCCAUUUAGUAUUUUUAAGAUUGAUCAAUGUUAUUUUUGGUAGUGUGCAUUGAGUAGGUACUUGUUUCUUUGGACAGUAGAUUCAAGUAAAAAAUACAUAUUUGUUGUCUUUUUUUGAAAUAGUGUCUACCAUUACUGUCAUUUGUGUUUUGGGGUGUGACUACAAGGAAUACAGCUACGGCCGGAAUUGUCGUAGCAGCUUAGAACAUUUUAGCGAACCCUAACCCUUUUCCUAACCUUAACCUGCCACGAUAAUGAUCCUAACUUGCUUCGUAAAUUCUCCUAACCUGAUAAGAAGAAGGCACUUCCAGUCAUAGUAGUACUCCUGCUAGUGAGAACUGUGUGUUUGUUUUUCUCCAUCUCUGGUUUUAUUUUCAAUCACGUGGAAAAGGCUUUAAAUGUUUGAGAUUUCCAAUCCAUCUGUGUCAACAGGUUUUGGCAAUUUCACACUGGUGUGCGUACUGCUCAUCAGUCCAAGAUAAUGUGUUAUACCUCUUACAAAUAAUUUCUGAAAUGUGUCCCAAAUUGUAAUCAUUCAGUCAGUGGUUAGGGAAUGCAGUGUCUAAAAAGUUAUAUUACCUCCUAGAGCAAUGUAGAACCUUGCACAAUGUUAAUAAUGUGCAAGGUUCUGAGAUGUUUUAUGAGAUCACAACUUCCAUGGUUCUCAAGGCGGCUCUCACAGUCACAGCAGGUACUGUGUCCAUAUCCUCACUCUUCUGUCCUAUGUUCAGAAACUAGGCCACCAUCCAAGGUCAAACCUCUAAUCCGACUGUUAUUUCUCAAAAUGGCCAGUGAUCUAUGCAAUUAAUUUAUUGUCUACAAUAAUGCAAUACUUAUAUUUCAGGUGAAAACAAAUGGACUGUUUGUCAAUAGUGACUUUUGAAAUGCAAAUGUGUCAUUCUGCUAUCAGUGGCUUUCAUUUGAGUUGAACUUAAUCCAAAACCUUGAGUUGUACGACUAUCAGCCUCAUUGUCAUCUAAUGACAGUGAGAUGGCUGCGUGAAAGGGAAUGCUUCAUGAGAUUGGAGCAAAUCCCUCAGACAUCUUGCAGAAGGCCUCACACCAUCUAACAAUGGGAUACAGACGACCUUGUCCAGCCAGAUAGGGUCCUUAUUGUUGUUGGUUAACCAAAUAUUGGUAGAUUUGUUUUGUUUGUUACCAAAGACGACUUCCGGUAGGCAUUUGAACAUUUCUUCUAAGUGAUCAAUGCUGUAGAAUAAAUCUGUAAUUUGUUUUAUCUUGUUCCUUUCCAUUGAUUUGUUGACACCAGUAAUAAUCUCUAUGAAUCAUUAAUUCAUUUGUGGUAGGAAGUAAGAAUCACAGAAAUGCCUUAGAUUUCAUCAAGAGGGGAUUUAAAGAGUGCUACACACUACAUUACUAUCUGGAAACAUGCAUCCAUUGUCUGCAGAUGUUUGAUAAACAGGAAUACUUUUCUUAGAUUGAGGAAACCACAAUUCAAUGUUUGAUACACUAUCCGUCAUAUUUAUUUUGAGGCCGUCAUCAUUCCAGAUUGUUGUUUAACUCAAAUAAAAUGUUCAGCCUUAGUUUGAAAUGUCAAAAUGCUCUUGCCCUUUUCCAUAGUUCAGAUAUUCAUUCAGGAGUGUCAGUGUCACUCCAUGAAGGGCCUAGUAGCGUCUGCUGCUUUUCCUUUCAAUUAAGACCGACAGUGCAUUCGCAAAGUAUUCAGACCGCUUCACUUUUCAACAUUGUUACAUUACAGCCUUAUUCUAAAAUGGAUUCAUUAACAUGUUUUCCUUAUCUACACACAAUACCCCAUAAUGACAAAGUGAAUACAGAUUUUUAGAAGAAAAAUGUAUUUACAUAAGUAUUCAAACCAAGCCAUGAGGUCAAAGGAAUUGUCUGUAGAGCUCCAAGACAGGAUUGUGUUGAGGCACAGGCCUGGGGAAGGGUACCCAAACAUUUCUGCAGCAUUGAAGGUCCCAAAGAACACAGUGGCCUCCAUAAUUCUUAAAAUGGAAGAAAUUUGAAAACUGGCCAAACUGAACAAUUGAGGGAGAAGGGCCUUGGUCAGGGAGGUGACCAAGAACACAAUUGUGUCUCCGACAGAGCUCCAGAGUUCCUCUUUGGAGAUGAGAGAACCUUCCAGAAGGACAACCAUGUCUGCAACACUCCAUCAAAUCAGGCCUUUAUGGUAGAAUGGCCAGACGGAAGCCACUCCUCAUUAAAAGGCACAUGACAGCCCGCUUGGAGUUUGCCAAAAGGCAUCUAAAGGACUCUGACCAUUAGAAACAAGAUUCUCUGGUCUGAUGAAACCAAGAUUGAACUCUUUGGCCUGAAUGCCAAGCUUCACAUCUGGAGGAACCCUGGCACCAUCCCUACGGUGAAGCAUGGUGGUGGAAGCAUCAUGCUUUGGGGAUGUUUUUCAGCAACAGGGACUGGGAGACUAGUUGAGGGAAAGAUGAACGUAGCAAAGUACAUCCUAGUGGUUAGAGCGUUGAUCUAGUAACCGGAAGGUUGCAAGUCCAAAUCCCCGAACUGACAUGGUACAAAUCUGUCAUUCUGCCCCUGAACAGGUAGUUAACCCACUGUUCCUAGGCCGUCAUUGAAAAUAAUUUGUUCUUAACUGACUUGCCUAGUUAAAUAAAGGUAAAAUAAAAAUAGAGAUCCUUGACGAAAACCUGCUCCUGAGCGCUCAGAAUCUCAGACUGGAGCGAAUGUUCACCUUCCUACAGGACAAUGACCCUAGACCACGCAGGAGUGGCUUUAGGACAAGUCUCUGAAUGUCCUUGAGUGGCCCAGCAAGAGCCCGGACUUGAACACGAUUGAACAUCUGGAGAGAGCUGAAAAGAGCUGUGCAGCGACGCUCCCCAUCCACCCUGACAGAGCUUGAGAGGAUCUGCAGAGAAGAAUAUUUGGUGAGUUUCUCCCACAGGUAUGCCAAGCUUGUAGCGUCAAACCCAAGAAGACUUGAGGCUGUAAUUGCUGUGAAAGGUGCUUUAAAGUACUGAGUAAAGGGUCUGAAGACUUUUGUAAACCUGUCAUUAUGGGGUAUUGUGUAGAUAAACAAGGAAAAAAUAGAUUUCAGAAUAAGGCUGAAACAUAAAAUGUGGAAAAAGGGAAGUGGUCUGAAAACCUUACAAAUGACAACCAGGUGAGGAGUUACUUACUAAUCAGUGACCUAAAUUCAUCAAUCAAGUUGGAAGAGCGAAAAAACCCACAGAUUCUCUGCCCUCCGUGGAAUGAGUGACACGUGAUUUACAUGAAGAGUCCACUUGAAACAUCUUGCUGCAAUUUAGGAUUUGAAGGUUUGCAGAGAAGUUGGUUCUAGUGAUUGUACUUUUAUUCACUUAUGUGCCACACUAGCAGGUCUUAAUUGUCCUGUUCUAGACAAACACAGCUUUAAGAGGUUUUUUUGAUUUGAUGUUUUUGAAUUUGGUGCUUUUUUGAAAUAAAUUGUUUUUGUUCAUGUG